AUGGAGGGAGGUAUGAUGAAAUGUCCUUGCAAGCUUUGUAAAAAUUUGAAUUGGUUAGGGGUAGAUGAUGUUCGGUUUCAUUUGAUAUCCGAGGGUAUGAUGGAGAGUUAUACGGUAUGGACUUCGCACGGAGAGGUUUCGCAAAAAAAUAAAAAGCGAAAAUCAUGUGAAACGCGAGAAUGUCGUAGGGUAGUAGAUGAUCAUGUUGAUAUCAACUCCAUGUUACAUGAUUUUGCCGGUUCGAAUCAUGAAUUUUAUGAUACCACGGGUACUACUAAUGUUGAAGAAGCUCCUAAUGAUAGUGCUAAAGAAUUUUAUAAGGCGAUUGUUGAAAAUGGUGCUCCUAUUUAUCCCGGUUGCACAAAAUUUACAAGAUUAAGUUUUACCGCAAAAUUGUUGGAGUUCAAAAAUGCGUCUAAUUGUAGUGACAAAGCCUUCAACAGUUUGAUUAAGAUCAUUAUGGACGUGUUACCAAAAAAGCACACAUUACCCGAGUCUUAUUAUGAGAUGAAAAAGGUUAUGAAAAGUUUAAGGGUGGAAUAUGAAAAAAUUGAUGUGUGCGAGAAUGAUUGUAUGCUAUUUUAUGGAGAUGACAAAGAUAAAAUUGUGUGUGAUAUAUGUAGUUGUAAUCGAUAUUUGGAUAAAUCAAGGAAAAAUGGUAAGAAAAUUCCGAGAAAGAUUUUAAGACAUUUUCCUUUGAUUCCCCGACUGCAAUGCUUAUAUAUGUCGGCACAUACAUCCGACCACAUGAGGUAUUACAAAAAUCGAGAGGUCAAUGAAAAAGAAAUUUCUCACCCUGCGGAUGGAGACGAAUGGAAGAAUUUUGACCUCCGAUAUCCAUCAUUUGCUCAAGAAAUUCGUAAUGUAAGACUUGGUUUUGCGACCGAUGGUUUCAACCCGUUUGGGAAUACGGGUAACAAAACAUAUAGUGUAUGGCCCGUGGUAAUUGUUGUGUAUAAUCUUCCGCCGUCCAUGUGUAUGAAGAGACCGUAUAUGUUUUUGACGGAUAUUAUACCGGGUCCGGAGAGUAUUGGGAAAAAUAUUAAUAUAUAUCUUAGACCUCUCAUUGAUGAAUUGAAGACAUUAUGGUAUACCGGAGUGCAAACAUAUGACCAAUCUCUAAAACAAAAUUUUACCAUGAGAGCGGCUCUUAUGUGGACAAUCAGUGAUUUUCCUGCCAUGAGUAUGGUAAGUGGUUGGUCGGGGAAAGGAAAGCUUGCAUGUCCAGUGUGUUUGGGAAGUGUGCAGGGGUUUCAGUUAAAACAUUCUGGGAAAUGUUCUUUUCAUGGCACUAACCGAAUUUUUCUUGAACCUAAUGAUCCAUUGCGUAAGAAGAGUAGCUUGUUUGACCAUUCGGAAAAAAGGUUGUGGCGUGGACGCUUAUCCGGGGAGGAAGUUAAAACUUGGCUUGAUAGCAUAGACUUUCCACCACCCGGAAAGACUAACAAAAAGAAAAGAAGUGAUGGAUAUGGGGUUGAGCAUCAUUGGACUCAUGCCCCGAUGUUCUAUGAUCUCCCUUAUUGGUCUUCACAUAGUUUGCGACAUUCCAUUGAUAUCAUGCAUACCGAAAAAAAUGUGUUUGAGAACAUAUUUUUUACCAUUGUUGGGGGCAAGAAGUCAAAAGAUCACCACAAGGCAAGGUCGGAUUGCAAACACUUCGGUGUGUUGCCUCAUUUGUGGAUUGAUGAAAAUGGCAAAAAACCAAAAGCUCCGUACUCUCUUAGUAGAAAACAACUCAAACUUCUAUGUCAGUGGAUUGAGUCGUUGAAACUUCCAGAUGGUUAUGUCUCAAAUAUAUCUCGUUGUUGCAAUGCUAAGGAGUGUAAGUUUUUUGGAUUUAAAUCGCAUGAUUGUCAUAUUUUCCUUCAAAAAUUGUUGCCUCUAUCAAUUCGCGAGCUUCUACCGGGACCAAUUGUGGAUGCCUUGACAAUGAUUUCCAAUUUUUUUCAAGAAUUAUGUUCAUCUGUGAUUACGAGAUCCGACUUGGAUCAAAUGAUGAAAUCGGUUAUUAGAGCUUUGUGUUUAUUGGAAACAAUUUUUCCUCAGACUUGGUUUGAUUCGAUGGAGCAUUUGGUAAUACAUUUAGCAGAAGAAAUUAGACUAGCAGGACCCGCUUAUUGGCAUUGGAUGUAUCCAAUUGAACGGUUAUUAGGGAAAUUUAAACAAAAGGUUGGUAAUAAAGCGCGAGUCGAGGGUUCAAUUACCGAACGUUAUAUGGAAGAGGGGAUUCUUAAUUUUUGUUCCUUCUACUUUGCCACGGACUCAAUUCAUAAUAAAAUACGUCGCAAUGAAGCUCGUUUUGAUGGUGAUGGCUCCGAAAAAUUAGAAGUUUUUGAAUAUCCAAUUGAAUGUCUUGGUAAAGAGGGAAGUCGUUAUUUGACCGAUAAAGAGCGAAAGUUAGCAGAAGAAUAUGUUGGACGAAAUGAUGUAAACCGACCUCUUCUUCAAUAUUUGUUUGAGGGACCGGCUAUGCGGGUAAUGACAUUUGAGACUUGUAAAGUCAAUGGAUACAAAUUUUGUACGAGAACAUCUUCCGGUUCCGGUGUCAUUGUUAAGGGCACUUCACAUGAUAACAAUAGUGAUUAUUAUGGACAAUUGGAGGAAAUUGUCAAGCUUAUUUAUCGAGGAGGAAAUUAUGUAUAUUUAUUCAAAUGUAUAUGGUUUGAUAGUGUCGGAAAUGGUGUUGUGAUUGAUAAAAAUAGGGUCGUGACCGUGGAUAUUACUUCAAGAUUGAAGUCGGAUGAGAUUUUUAUUUUGGCUAGUCAAGCUUCCCAGGUUUACUAUGCUCCCAGUGUAUUGAAUCCACAUGGCAAAUAUUUUACGGUCGUCAAGUCUAAAAGUCGUCCGAUAAGCGAAUCUAUCAAAAUAUCAAAUGAUAUUGAAGAAGCUUAUCAAGAAGAUAGAUCAAAUGCUACUAGUGCAUUCUCUAUAUUUGUUGAUUUUGCACAAUAUGGUUCCUUACCGUUCGGCACCUUGUGGUGGUUUGUCAUCCUUGUGGUGAUGAUCAUUGCCUUAAUGGCAAGAAAAGGCAAGGGCAAGGGGAAGGCCAAGGAGACAACCAAAGGCAAGGGAAAAGGGAAAGCCAAGGAGACAACUUCCACUCGGAAGGGUAAAGGAAAGUCUAGCACCUUGGCUAUACGUGAUGAGCCAACUGAUUCGGAUGAAGGCGGGGAGAAUCCGAAUGAAGAGGAAGUUCCAAGACGAAGGGUAAUUAGGAGGCCACGAUCCCAUUCAGCCGGUUUGUUUGGAAAAGUCCCUCCGAAACCAAUCCGUAUCAAUAUUUUAGGAGGACAGUAA